CAGAUGCCGGAAMACAAACUACAAAUUACAAAUCUGACCUACCGUACAGAAAAUACAAGAACACAAAGCUAUACUAUGAAGCUAUCUAUUGCGGCAAUCCUUGUUGGCGCCCCAAGCACACUGGGCUUUGCUCCCAUUUCCCUUCGAUCGACGACGACGACGACGCAGCUCCUUGCCAAGCACAAGGUGUUCAUCGACGGAGAGGCCGGCACGACGGGUCUGCAAGUUCGAGGACGAAUCGAGUCACGUGACGAUCUAGAGAUUAUUUCACCUCCCUCGGAUCUAAGAAAAGAUCUUGCCACGAGGAAAAAAUUCAUCAACGAAGCCGAUGUCGUCAUUUUGUGUACGUUAUAUUGGGCAGGCAAGGCUGCAACAAUGAAUGAGAGCUCCCACACAGUGAUUGGAGUCGUUGGUCUUCUUUACAGGCGAAAAAAAAGCUGAAUCCAAUAACAAAAUGAGUGGCAUGAGCGGAGCAGAAAUUUAUUUCAUGUACGACCAACUCACAAUCCUUACUUCCCUGUCGUUGUUAUGGGUUUCAAUUAAACCAAUUGAAUCAAUCGAUGCGUCAAUUCUUCCUUGUUUGAUUUUUUUCAAUGCAGGCCUUCCUGAUGCUGCCUCAAUCGAAGCUGCAGGUCUUGUCGACUCCGAMAAUGACAGAACUGUCCUAAUCGAUGCAUCGACUGCCUAUCGAGUAGACGAUACGUGGGACUAUGGAUUUCCUGGUAAGUGCAUUGCAAGAUAACAUAAUAAUAUCAACGACARAUGACACCGCGACUACAUCCAUUUCGUGUUCGGCGUGAAAGAUKUUCAGCCGCAAUAAUUGUUUGCUCAAUUUUAAACAUGAUUUUUUUGYUCCGAUCGGUUUCUYGAAUGACAACAUUCGACAACAUGGUAUUUGGAACAAUACAUCAUUUUUCUAAUUAUGGGACACAUUGUGGGUGUGAUGGGACUUGUCGUGUACAGAAAUAUCGGCAGAACAACGAGAAAACUUGACUAAAAGCAAGCGCAUCUCUAAUCCGGGAUGUUACCCUACCGGUUUCAUCGGGCUGACCCGGCCACUUGUCGACGCGGGAAUUAUUCCAGAAGGAACACCCCUCACUGUGAAUGCCAUUUCGGGAUACUCUGGCGGUGGAAAGGGAAUGAUGGAAAUGUUCGAAGACGAGAGCCAAAGCACAGAACCGUGGGCCGGAUAUGGAUUUGGACUCACACAUAAGCAUCUCCCCGAAAUGGCCAAGUAUUCUACCCUCGGACGAAAACCCCUUUUCCAGCCACAAAUCGCGACGUUUGCGCAAGGAAUGGUUGUUUCGGUACCCCUUCACUACGAUUGGCUCAAAGAAGGRACCACGGGUGMGACAAUCCACGAGACCCUUUCGAAGCAUUAUGAGGGCUCUAAUUUCGUGUCGGUCAUGCCCCUUGGUGAGCCCGGUGUCAAAGAUGCAGGACUACUCGAGCGCGGAGCUUUCUUGAGACCUGAUACGCUCAAAAAUACCAACAAUAUGGAACUCUUCGUCUUUCCGAAUGACGAAGCAGAGCAAGUUCUCUUGUGUGCUCGGUUGGACAAUCUUGGCAAGGGUGCCAGUGGUGCCGCCGUUCAAAAUCUUAACAUCGCCCUCGGCUUGGACGAAACCACUGGUUUGGUUUAGGAAGCUAACUACUUUGGUGAAAACUUUUCUAUUGCACUACAGCACUAUAUCAUGCUGGGAAAAACUAUUCACUUUCUCUUUCGAAAGAAAUAUCACUCGCAGAC